AUGCCCUAUAUCAAAACAUUGAAGGGUAAAAUCAUCGAUUCCACCGUGAAGGGAAUACCUUUAGGGGACGUAACCAUUCAUAAGUUCAAUAAGAUAGGGGGACAUACAAUUAUAUAUAAAUUUGGAAAGUAUUUGAUCAAAAGGAACCAAGAAAAUAAAAUAUACGAUUUAAUAGAUAGUGAGUAUAGUCAAUUGAAGCCAUUCGUGCCUCAAUAUUUUGGAUUAAUUCAAAUGAUUGUACCCGAAGCUGACUCCGAAACCAUGUCAGAUAAGGAAAUAACACCUCAAGAACAUCGAGAGAUUAACGAUGAUGAUGAAAGUUUGGAGUAUUUGGUGAUGGAAGAUUUAACUAAUUUCUAUCAGAAACCUUUUAUAAUUGAUCUCAAGAUGGGAACAAGACAAUACGGCAUUAACAGUUCAUCGGAAAAGAUCAAACGGCAACAAAUCAAAUGUAAGAAAAGUACAAGUAGACAAUUAGGUGUAAGAUUAUGUGGAUUGCAACUUUGGCAAAAUAACAGUCAAGUAAUUUUAGAUAAAUAUUAUGGAAGAAAAUUGAAUGAACAACAAUUUUUGAAUGAUUUAUUCAAGUUCUUGGACCCUCAAGAUAGUGUCCAACAAAUACUGCAUAAGAUUAAAGUCAUCGUAAAGGAAUUAGAGAAGUUAUACGAAGUAAUGGAAAAUUUAGAGAACUAUAGAUUAUAUGGUUGUUCUAUUCUUAUAAUAUAUGAAGGUGGCUUAAUCAAGGAACAUGAGAAUGGGCAAGUCAAUGGAAAUGGCAAUGAUUUUGAUGACGAAAAAUUUAAAAAACAAAAACAAACUGUAAAUAUAGAUGAUGAUAAUGAUCCUUUCAAAAUAACUAUCAAAUUGAUAGAUUUCAGCAAAACUUUAUUAAAUUACACCAGUAAGAGUUCAAAAGAUUAUGGGUUUUUAAAAGGGUUGGUCAAUGUAAUCGGAAUGUUCAGAUCAAUUGGGGAACAAUUAGAUCAAGGAAUUGAUGUGAACUUCCAAUAUAAACCAUUAAUUUAUGAAUUUGAUGAUUGGGUAAGUGAAUAG